CGGCGGCAUUGGAACCUACCGCCUCAUUUGAAUCCCUGGAGGAUGUUGCACGAAAGAAUUAAGAGAAACGGCAGGGAUGAAGCAGACAGCUCUCAACAAACUGCGUCAGCUCAUUUCAGACGAACCAUCACUGCACUGCCCCAUGGACGAUGCCUUCCUGGUCAAGUUUCUGCGAGCCCGCAAGUACGAUACGCAGGCCGCUUUCAAGAACGUCAGGAAGUACUUCAAGGUUCGAAAGGAUCGCCCAGAAAUGUUCAGUGAUCUAACUCUAAGACGGAUACUUUUCGACACCGUGUGCCGCAAGCAUCGCCUGGCCACUGUCUCACGUCACAAAGAUCCGAUGGGAAGGGUGGCUGUUCUGCUCAAGAUUGGUUCCUGGAAUACCGAGAUGUGCAGCUUGAACGACUUUUUCAGAGUGAGCUUAGUACUCGUCGAGCACAUUCUUCUUCUCGAAGACACCCAGGUUAGGGGCAUCGUGGCAGUAAUAGACUUAAAAGGCCUCAACAUCUACCAUGUGGCUCACUACACACCGUCUGUUAUAAGAACCACUAUUAACCUCGCACAGACUCGCCUUUUUGGCUACGAUCUAAAGGAACUGCAACAGCUCGUGCCGGAUGACGUCAUUCCAGAAGAAAACGGAGGGACCAAUGAAAGCUACGACUUCGACCAAUUGAAGAGAGAGUUGGAGGGUGAAGAAAGUUUCUUCCAGAAGCUGGGCUCUUACGGAUACCGCGACACGCCGACGAAUACUGAGCCUGAUUCGAAUGGCUUGCUAAAUGAUGAUAUACUCUUGAGAAAAGAUUAA